AUGGCAGGCGGAACGGGAAGAAAAGAGACGAAGAAGUCCUCCUUCUACGUCUGGUUCCUGGGAUCCCUGGAGAGCGGAGGCCUCCGAGGCGAGGAAUCCGUCGCGCUCGCCGUCCGGGCCCUGGUCGACAAGGAGAAGGAGGAGGAGCCGUUGAAGGUCACGCUUCAGGUCUCGCACAAGGGGAUCAAGAUCGUCCAGAAUUUCCCCAAGAAGGUGAAGCACUUCAUCCCCGUGCACGCCGUGACGGACGUGAUCCAGGAGCGGAAACCGGACGAAGACCUGGUCUCGUGCGUGCUCUUGUUGUACAACCCGGCCACGCGAUGCCCCGUGCACGUCCACACGUACCGGUGCGAUUCCGGCGAGACGGCGGCGUAUCUCCGUCAAGAGAUCGCCUCCCUCGUCCAUCGCCCCGAACAGCAACGAAGGCUCGUGGAACUGGAAGCGAGGCUCCGGAACAAAGGAGUCCUACCUCCGCGCAAGAUGCUCCACUCGGACGGUCGUAGCAGCAGCACGAGCAGCGGGAGCAGCAAUCCGGAUUCGGCGACGCUGAACCGCGACAGGAUCGCGUCGCUCUACGACAGCCUCGCCGCGGAACUCCGCGAGAAACUCAACUCCGUCGCCCCCCUGUUGCUCCCCCCGCGCGACUACGACACCGUCCACCGCAGCUACGGACGGCUGGAGAACAUCGAGGAACGGCGGAGCAAGACGUCUCAGGUCGUCGGUACGAACGGAGCCUACGUGCCCGGAAAAGGGAGCAACAGCGACGGGAAAUCGAGCGGGAUCGGCAGCGAAGAGCCGUCGGACCAUCAGCGACCGGGCUUCCCCAGCUGCUCCUCGGGUGAGUAG